AUGUGGAGAGAGAGAGCAUUGUUCCUCGUACUGCUACUUCUAGUCCACCAUAUUUGUGCAACCAACAAAAAACAACUUUGUCUCCCUUCUUCCUGUGGCAAUAUCACCCACAUCUCUUAUCCCUUUCGAUUACAAGGUGACCCAGAGAAUUGUGGUGACGAAAGGUACGAGCUUGGUUGUCAGAAUAAUGUUACGGUGUUGUAUCUGCACUCUGCACAAUAUCAUGUGCAGGCAAUAAACUACAACAAAUACAAAGUGAGAGUGGUUGAUCCUGCACUUCAACUCCAUAACUGCUCCUCCCUUCCUCUCCGUUCCCUCUCUCGCUCCAAUUUCUCUGAUACUUACACGAACAACAUGGGUCCAUACCAAGCCGGUCUACGUCCGGAUCGUAAUUGGGAAUAUCUGAGUUUCGAGCAUAUAGUGUUUCUGAACUGUAACCAUUCGGUGAGAGAGAACGGAAAGUAUGUGGAGAGUGGUGAGUGCGUGAAGUGGGAGUCCAAUGGUUAUGCAUAUGCAGUGGGUGGAGACCUAAAAGCUGAGGACUUAGAAGUUGGGUGUGACGUGAAGCUUGUUGCUCCCACAUCGUUCAGGACUUUCAAUAACCAUUCCUACGCUGCCAUUCACAUGGCUCUCGCCUAUGGAUUUGAGAUCUCUUGGAUAAAACUCGCCUGUAAGAAGCAUCACUGUCGAUUCGGCUUCUGCUAUUUCAACCGUUCUAGACAGAAGCUUCAAUGCUCAUUGGGUUUACUGGAUAUGCUGGCAGCAUUUAGCAUAUUGGGCUUUAAGGCAUGGGCUUGCAUCAGAGCUUUGUUUGGACUACUACUUAUUGUUGCACUCUUGAUAUGCAAAUGGCGGAAAAGACAUGCAUCAAUGUAUCAAAAUAUUGAAAAUUACCUUGGACAAAAUAAUUUCGCGCCUAUUAGAUACUCAUUCAGCGAUAUUAAGAAGAUGGCUGGAGGUUUUAAAGAGAAAUUAGGUGAAGGAGGAUUUGGCUCUAUCUUUAAGGGAAAGUUGCGCACUGGAUCUUCUGUGGCAAUCAAAAUAUUAGAUAAAUCUAAAGGGAAAGGACAAGAUUUUAUCAGUGAAGUUGCAAUCAUAGGAAAAAUACAUCAUCAAAAUGUGGUACAGUUAAUUGGGUUUUGUGUUCAUGGCUCAAAGCGUUAUCUUGUGUAUGAAUUCAUGCCUAAUGGAUCUCUCGACAAAUUUAUUUUUUCAACAGACAGAAGUGGCCAUUUAACCUAUGAAAGAAUAUAUAAUAUAUCAGUGGGAGUGGCUCGAGGGAUUGCUUAUCUCCAUCAUGGGUGUGAGAUGAAGAUUUUGCAUUUUGAUAUUAAACCCCACAACAUCCUACUAGAUAAAAACUUUGUUCCAAAGAUCUCCGACUUUGGAUUGGCAAAGCAAUAUUCAAUACAUAACAGCAUUGUUACAACGACUGCAGCAAGAGGAACCAUUGGAUAUAUAGCUCCAGAAUUGUUUUAUAAUAAUAUUGGAGGAAUAUCCAAUAAAGUUGAUGUUUAUAGCUUUGGAAUGCUCUUAAUGGAGAUGUCAAGCAAAAGGAAGAAUCUAAAUCCCCAUGCAGAGCACUCAAGUCAACUUUACUAUCCAUUAUGGAUUUAUAAUCACAUUAGAGAAGAUGAAAAUAUUGAAAUGGAAGACGUGACAGAAGAUGAGAAAAAGAUAGUAAAGAAGAUGAUCAUAGUAGCCUUAUGGUGUAUACAAUUGAAACCUAAUGAUCGUCCUUCAAUGAAUAGAGUAGUGGAAAUGCUUGAAGGGAACGUUGAAGACCUAGAAAUACCUCCAAAGCCUACUCUAUAUCCAGAUGAAACAGUGACAGAAGGUCAAACAAUCAAUUUACAUUCUUAA